UUGUGUCCAAAGGCGAGGAUGUGACUUGUCUGUGGUGUUUGUCAUCAUCCCUCCGUUCGUACGCCGCUUAUCUUCUUUAUUUAUGUCCUUGGCCGUCAGAAUGGAGCCCGGCGGAAGGUAGCUGGCUCGUAGCAGGUUCCGCUGUCAACCUAAACGUUUGGAGGAUGAUCCACCGUCAGGUUCUUUUACACCAGGUUUUGGUCUGCUUUGGGUUGACUGGUCAUAAUGCUGAUGCAGCUCUGUAGUAUUAAGAACUUGUACCAGAAUCGCCUUUUAGGCUUGGCGGCCAUGGCAUCCCCGACCCGCAGCAACCAGGGCCGCCAGCGCUGUAAGGAUCGUCAUAGCUAUGGCCCAGAUUCUUUUGCUGUCAGCGGUCUGAACCAGGAAGCGUUCAUGUUGGGGUUGUCACGGUCCACCAGUGACACUGAUCUAGUGUCCCCAGACACUCGCUCCACCCUGACUGUCAGCUCUUCUCACUACACUAUAGGCCAAUCCGAAGACCUUGUGAUCACAUGGGACAUCAAGGAGGAAGUCGAUGCUGGGGACUGGAUUGGAAUGUAUCUUGUCGAUGAGACGUUGUCUGAGAACUUUUUGGAUUAUAAAAACCGAGGCAUCAACGGCUCUCACAAGGGACAAAUCGUCUGGAAAAUUGACUGCAGCUCCCACUUCAGCGACUCUGAGACUUUGGUCUGCUUCAAGUAUUACCACGGCGUGACCGGAGCACUCAGAGCAACCACGGCCAGUUUAACCAUCAAAAAGGGAGCUGUGCCUGUGUUAAAGCCAGUGGUUAGUCCUGAGGUCAACCAAGGGCUUGGCAACAGGAGACUCAUUAACUUUUCCCUGUCAGACCUCCAAGCAGUUGGUUUGAAGAAGGGGAUGUUCUUUAAUCCAGACCCGUACCUCAAGCUUUCCAUCCAGCCUGGAAAGCAUAGCAUCUUCCCAUUGUUGCCACACCAUGGUCAGGAGAAGCGCUCUGGCGUCGUCUGCAACACAGUCAACCCAAAAUGGAACUCAGAGAGAUUUAACUUCUUGUCGCUGCCCACUGAUGUGCUUGAGAUUGAGGUGAAAGACAAGUUUGCCAAGAGUCGGCCCAUCAUCAAACGUUUCCUGGGAAAAUUGUCUGUUCCUGUCCAGAGGCUGCUGGAGAAACACGCCCUUGGGGACCGGAUAAUAAGUUACUCACUGGGUCGCAGGCUUCCAACAGAUCAUGUGUGUGGUCACUUACAAUUCUGCUUUGAGCUCACCUCCUCAAUGCACCCAGAUGACGAAGAAGUCUCACUCGUCAUAGAAUCAGCUUGCUCCGAAAGAGGAAUCAACGCAGAUUCCAACAAUGCUGCAAAUGCGCCUGAAGAUGACACUUUAAGUGUUGGACAUGAUAUGCCUGACCUCCCUUUUGAUGCCCCUCCUGACCCUGAGACCCCGAUGCUGCCAGCCUCCCAAGCUGAGGAAGCCCAACACACUGUGACGGUAGAGCUUGAGGCAGCGCCAGACGUGGAACAAGACGCUGUGGACGAGGAGAGCACAGUGAGAGAGGAGGAGUCUCAGGUACAGAGCGAGGACUUGCAAGAAGAGAACACCAUAAUGGAGGUACAAGAGGGAGAGUCAGAGGAUGUCCAGAGAGAAGGAAAUAGUCCACAAGCUGAGGAAGAUGACAAGAAGGUCCAAGCAGAGGUUCCAACUAACAAUAUUUUAGCAGUAACUGCAGAGGACGACGACACGUCCCAGGAGGUAAUAGCGGGAAGAACGGAGGUAUCGCCAAGAACAAGAGAGGGCGGUGAAAGUAGCAACAGCCCUUGUUCCUGCGUCUUUUCAAACUGCAACUCCCAUGGCGUCCCGCGCCGCAAAACCCGCCCUUGCUCCUUGCCGGUGUCCGAGCUGGAAAAUGUGAUCGCCUCGGCGUGCGGCGAGCCGGAAACACCGCGAUCACACUACAUCCGCAUUCACCACCUCCUCCACAGUCUGCCCUCCGCACAACAUCGAGCGCCCAGCCAGGAGGAGGAGGAGGCGGAAGAAGGGGACAACACAAGUUCGACUCUGGACAACAUCUCCAUGUCACCGACACUCAAAAGCUGCAAACACAGAAAAGAGGAAGACCAGGAAGAGGAUGAGAUCACCCAGUCUCCCGUUCAGGUCCCGGAGUGUCCUGGUCCGUGCUGCUGUCGUUCUCUCCCACGCAGCCUCUCCAUUGAACGUCUCUCUGAACUAAACCAGCUCCUGGAAGGUGAUGGAGGAGGUGGAGUACAUUCAGCAGUAAGAAGGAUCUCUCUUUCAUACCUGGAAAGCGAGGAAGGGGAUUCCAGUAACGGUGUAGUAAAAAUAAACAGAAGGAGCAGCCAUCCGGCACGCGGUGAAAACGAGUGCGAGUUCUGUGACGCGUCCUGCUACAGCACCUCCUGCUACAGCACGUCCUGUUACAGCACAUCCUGUUACAGCAAUUCGGGCUACGAGGGUCGCGGACGCCUCUGCAGCCACACCCGCCUCUCCUCUGUGGACAGCAACCGGCUUUCCGGAAGCACUGUGUUUUCCUCACAGGACGAGGAGGAAGACGAAAGCACCUUUGACUCAGGACCGGAUGCAAACCACUGUCCCGAGGGUCACCAAGUGGGAGGAGAAAGGAGUGAAAGUUGUCAAGAGGACAGGAGAGAGGAGAAUGGAGAAUCUGCUGGGGCCGAAUCGCAGGACGCUACCAGCACAGGCUCAGGCUUCUCACCUCCCGUUGGCCUUCCUCCAGUACUUCUUCCCAGCCUUGACUUAAACCAUUUUCCUGCUGCCACUGACCAAGCCUUACCUCCAAACUGGGAAGCUCGUAUAGACAGCCACGGCAGAGUGUUCUAUGUCGACCAUGUCAACCGCACCACGACCUGGCAGAGACCGAUUCAUGGUGGCAAGUGUAACCAUGGAAUCCCCCGAUCAGGAUCCAGCCAACAAAUGGAGCAACUCAAUCGGAGGUACCAGAGCAUCCAGAGGACCAUGGCUACAGAAGAGGAGGGUGGCAGUCCGUUAGAGCGAGCUCCCAGUUUUGAGACUGACUCGGAUUCUCCUCCAACAGCUACAGGCCCAGCAUCACCUGUCAGUCACCAGAAGAUCAGCCAGCUUCUCCAAUCUCCUGCUGUCAAGUUUAUUACACAUCCAGAAUUCUUCACUAUGUUGCACAGUAACUAUUCAGCCUACCGGAUGUUCACCAGCAGCACCUGUGUGAAACACAUGAUUCUCAAGGUGCGCCGGGACGCUAAGAAUUUUGAGCGCUACCAACAUAACCGGGACCUUGUGGUCUUCCUCAACAAGUUUGCAGACACGCAACUGGAGUUGCCACGAGGCUGGGAGAUCAAGACUGACCCGCAGGGCAAGUCUUUCUUCGUGGACCACAACAGUCGAGCCACAACCUUCAUCGACCCUCGAAUCCCUCUUCAAAAUGGCCGACUACCUGGCCACCUCGCCCACAGACAACACCUGCAGAGACUACGCAGCUACAGUGCUGGGGAGGCCUCAGAUGUUUCUCGGAGUCGUGGAGCAUCUUUGAUGGGCAGACCUGCAAACAGUCUUGUCGCUGCCAUACGGAGCCAACAUCAUGCUGACCCACAACAAUCCACUACUGCAUCAUACAACGACAAGAUUGUGGCGUUCCUCCGGCAACCAAACAUAUUUGACAUGUUACAAGAGCGGCAACCCAACUUGAACAGAAACCAUGCGCUCAGGGAGAAGAUCCACUAUAUUCGGUCUGAAGGUACCCAGGGCGUUGAGAAGCUGUCGUGUGACGCAGACCUAGUCAUCCUGUUAAGUUUAUUUGAAGAGGAAAUCAUGUCGUAUAUUCCACCUCACCCCAUCCACGCUGGUUUUAGUUUCUCCCCACGCUGUUCCCCCGCCAACUCGCCACAGAACUCUCCUGGUUUGCAAAGAGCCAGGGCGCCUGCACCUUAUCGCAGAGACUUUGAGGCCAAACUCAGAAACUUCUACAGAAAACUGGAAGCAAAGGGCUAUGGCCAAGGACCAGGCAAGAUCAAGCUGUUGAUAAGGCGAGAACACCUGCUAGAAGGCACCUUCAAUCAAGUGAUGGCGUAUUCUCGUAAAGAGUUACAAAGGAACAAGCUUUAUGUCACUUUCUUGGGGGAGGAAGGGCUAGAUUACAGUGGACCGUCCAGAGAGUUUUUCUUCCUUUUGUCUCAGGAAUUGUUUAAUCCAUACUAUGGACUAUUUGAGUACUCAGCAAAUGAUACCUACACUGUUCAAAUCAGCCCCAUGUCUGCAUUUGUGGAGAACCAUCUGGAAUGGUUCCGUUUCAGUGGGCGCAUCCUGGGCCUGGCUCUGAUUCAUCAAUACCUCCUGGACGCUUUCUUCACCAGACCUUUCUACAAGGCCCUACUCAGGCUGCCAACAGACCUUUCUGAUCUGGAGUAUCUGGAUGAGGAGUUCCAUCAAUCUUUGCAGUGGAUGAAGGACAACGACAUCACAGACAUCCUGGACCUCACAUUCACUGUCAAUGAGGAGGUCUUUGGCCAGGUGACAGAACGGGAAUUGAAGUCCGGAGGCUCACAUCUUCAAGUGACUGAGAAGAACAAAAAGGAUUACAUUGAACGAAUGACCAAGUGGAGGGUGGAGAGGGGAGUGGUCCAACAGACAGAAGCCUUAGUCCGAGGAUUCUAUGAAGUGGUAGACGCUAGGUUGGUGUCGGUGUUUGAUGCCCGAGAGCUGGAGUUGGUCAUUGCUGGCACCGUGGAGAUUGACCUCAGUGACUGGAGGAGUAACACUGAGUACAGGGGAGGUUACCAUGACGGCCACAUCGUGAUGCGAUGGUUCUGGGCUGCUGUGGAGCGUUUCAACAAUGAGCAGCGUCUCCGCCUCUUGCAGUUUGUAACCGGGACGUCCAGCGUGCCGUACGAAGGCUUCGCGGCCCUGCGUGGCUCCAACGGCCUGCGGCGCUUCUGUAUUGAGAAGUGGGGCAAAGUUACUUCUCUUCCAAGGGCUCACACCUGUUUUAACCGUCUCGACCUGCCUCCGUAUCCAUCGUACACCAUGUUGUAUGAGAAACUGCUGACUGCUGUGGAGGAAACCAGCACAUUCGGUCUGGAGUGAGACAGCAAUUGGAGCGACGACAACAAACGUCCUACUGGAACACGUGCUGGGCUGUGAGAAACAGACACUCACAAGACGAACACAGCCUGGAUUUUCUCAUCGCGGAGACUCGCUGAACAAAGAUGACCUCCAGUAUGUAAAAGAGUGUUUGUUAGUCUCGAGGGUUUGGGACCGGAAGCAGCACAUUUACAUUACAAGUGGUAUCAAUCAUGAAAACAUGCACCAGAUAUAUAUUUAUGAAUUAUAGGUCACUAACAGAUGGUUUUCAUUCUCAGGUAGUUUGUUGAAUUUGAAAUUGCUAGAGAAAUACACUCACAAACCGUAUGUUAUGUGCAUGAACAUACUAAAAUACUAUAAAAUACUAAAUAAUACACAAAUAUGACGAGUAAGAUGCCAAAGAUUGGAUCGAAACUGCUAUUUAAUCUGGAUCGACUUUGUUGCGUUUCUCUGGAAGCCAGGACUUCACCGAUGUUGGAAAUGACUAUUUUGCAAGUUACAAUCAAACCCGGACUUUAGUAAAUAUAGUAAAUUAAUAGUACAUUUUAUCAUAUGUAUGGUCUUCUGGAUCGACUAAAAUGACAAAAUAUUUUAAAAAUGAAGAAUUAAGCCAUUUUCUCGUUAUGCAACAUCAGCAAGUUUACUUCUAAAAAAUAUAUAUAUAUAAUAAUAAUCAUAUAACACAAACUCAACCUGAAUCCAAAAUACAAAAAAACCUAACCACAACUUUCAUAAGAAAUAAUGCAAAUAGAAGUACCAAUCACGAUAAAAGCUUUUAUAUUUGAUAUAUUAUUCAUAAUGUUUCAAACUAUUAUUCACACUUUUGAAUUUGCAUUAAUCAUAAGUCCCACUUGCAUAAUUUUAAUUUUACUUUAAAAAAACAUCCCAAUAUUUAAACACAAAUGCAAUUUUAUUGUCACAAUGUCAUACAGGAAGAUGUUUUUAAGUGUUUUACUUGAAUGGCAGUCAUUUAUUUAUUAUUUAUAAAAAGUCCCAUCAGAAUUUAUUUUGAAGCGCAAUGAGAGCAAAGUGAGAACACCAGUCGGGGAGUGUAAGUUAAGGCAAGAGGUCUAAAAAGCAUGUGCACUCAAAAUAAAUAGUGAGUAAUCUGCAUAUAUAUGUGAUUAAUGCGAUCAUUUUCUGUGAUUAAUCACAUGAGUUAAUGCAUUAGAUUUGACAGCACUAAUUAUUAAAUGACCUGAGAAGAAUUUACAAGUUUCACUGAAUCCGUACUUGACUUAAAUCUUUUGGCUGUUCUCAUUUUUGCAGUCAAAAUGUUUUAUCGCAGCACUACUGAAGUCUUCUUGGACCUAAUAUCCAUGUAGAAUAUAUAAACCACAUUCUUUCAAAGCUUUCCUGAAGUGCAUUUUAAAAUAUUGUUUCAGAAGUUAUUGCUGCUGAGAUCUUAGGGGUACAUUUUAAUUUACACAAACUCAUGCGACCAUAAGGACAAAAAAAGGAUAAUACAUUUAAAGGGUAUAUAAUAGUUAUUUCAUUUUUUUUGCUCAAAUCCCACAUCAACUUGAGUUUAAAUCAGUGGCCCUCAAACUCAGAAAGACUUGGCUCUCCAAGUACCACCAAAAGCCCAACAUUAAAAUAUAGUAGCAUAGUAGGCCUAAGUAGUCAUUAAAAACAAAGGCAGAGGUAUUAUUUAACAAGUUUAUUUAAUAUUUUUGGCCACAGUGUUCCAGUUCGAACAGUAACACUGUUUGAAUCUUGGAGAAAAAAAACACUACAUUAAUCAAGCAAUUCUGCGGCGUAUCACAGUUUGAGAAUCACUUGUCUAAAUUAAACAAUAAUGUUUAUUGAAUUGUAUUGCUUCCACACUUUAAAUCAGGGGUGUAAAACUAGCUCAGGGGCCGCAAGGAGGAAAAUCUAUUCCCACGUAGGCCGGCUGGGUAAAAUCAUGGCAUGAUAACUUCAAAAUAAAGACAACUUUAGAAUGUUUUCUUUGUUUUACUUUUGGCCAGAAAUAGUACAAGCACAUUCUGAAAAUGUACAUAUCACAAAUAAUCCUAUUGGCAAAACUCUUCAAGUUUGUUGAAAAUCCUGAGGGAAAAAUUGGUGCAUUUUCAAAAACACAACAAAGGACACAAUGAACUUAGACUUUGUCUGUGUUUCUAGAAAGCCAUGAUUAAACUUUAGGUCACAGCCUAUCUGGGAUUGAAUAAAAUAUGAAAUAGAUAAAUAAUAAAAACUCUUGUUUUUUGUUUGGAAUGAAAAAAUUAUUUAUCAUAUAAAUCAAAUUUCCCCGUUAUUUGGUUUGAUUAAAAAAAAGACUAAAAUACAUUAUUCAUUAUCGCAAUUUGUUAAUGUGUGUGAAAAUCCAAAACGGGAAAUAAAACAGCAAAAGUAUUUUCUCUUAUUUCCUGUUCAAUGUUCGGAGCAAUGGGAGAUUGCACAUGCAGUCUUUUCCGUAUCCUCGUCUGUGAGUGACUUGGAACAACAGCGACAGAAGAAGAGUGACAUUUGCCUGCUCGAUAGCGAACCAAUAAAAUGUCAGUUUUCAUGUUUCUGGACAUUAAAAAAAUAGAAGGGGAACUUUUGACCGCGACAAAAGUAUUUUGACGACAUUGACACCGUUCUUUGUCUUUUUCUUCUUUUGUUGUUGCGGAUCACUCACAGAAGAGGAUCCUGAAACGAGACACUACGCACGUGCAAUUCAGAGGAACAGAGAAAAAAAUGGUCCACUCUUUAAACACAUUAAUACAUUUGGAUAAUGGAUAAAGAUCCGUUUUUAUUUUUUUAUCAGACCAAAAAACAGAAAGUAGAUUUGUAUGUUAAAAUAUUGUUCUAUUUUAAACAAGCUGUUAUCCCGGACGAGCCCCCAGUUAUGUCACGGGCCCUGUAGCCGUUUGAGUUACACUUUGCGUCCACAUUUCUCUUUUUUGACAGACAUUUUGGGGCUAUGACGGUGCCAAAGGCCGAUGUGUUCGAAGCAGAGGACGUAGUACAGCGGGUUUUGCAUUUCAUUUAUGUCGAGGCGGAGGAGCCGCAGCCACUGUGUAUCUCUUGCUUGGCAUACUCGCUAUAAACGGUUUGCUUGCCUAACACAAUCGCUAUUGCAACAUCCAGUGGAUAUAUUUAGAACAGCAGUUUCUUUCAUGAAAAAUUGCAGCCCAUUUUUAAAGUUAAACGGUAAAGUUAAAGUACAACUGAUAGUCACACACACUAGGUGUGGUGAAAUUACCCUCUGCGUUUGACCCAUCCCCUUGUUCCACACCUUGGGAGGUGAGGGGAGCUCUGAGCAGCAGCGGUGGCCGCGCUUGGGAAACAUUUUGGUGAUUUAACCCCCAGUUCCAACCCUUGAUGCUGAGUGCCAAGCAGGGAGGUAAUGGGUCCGACCAUUGUUAGUAUUUGGUAUGACUCGGUCGUGGUUUGAACUCACGACCUACCGAUCUCAGGGCGGACACUCUAACCACAUCAAGGGUUUAAUACCGGCCCACAGGCUAUACGUUUGAUACCCCCUGCUUUAAAUGUUUAUUUAACCAAAAAAUUUUUUAUUUUGAGAAAAACGCAUCAAAUUAGUUUUUGAUUUUGAUGCCCUUUUUUUUUUGUUGCACUGCCAUGCUCUUUGGACACACACACACACACACACACACACACGCACACACACACACACACACACACACACACACACACA